GCUUAAUUAGUGAAUAUUGAAAGGAUUAUCUGAUGUAGCCGAAAACAAAGCGAAGUGAUUCACCAGAACCAGAUUAUAUUUUGUUACAGUACAACUGAACUGAUCUCAAUCUGCUUCUGUUACUUAAUCCACAUGCUUGCCCUAAUUCAACCCAAGUCAAUACACUGUCCCAAAUCUUACAUAGAUUUCUGCUAAAUUUCCUAUUGCCAGAUCCAUCAGUUUCCGACACAACCAGACCAAUACCCUCCAAUCUUCCUCUUCAAAUUCAAUGGCGCCCUCGCAAAAAGGCAGGUUUUUUCUCUUAUCUUUGCUCUUCGUUUUUUCUUCUCUCUAUGUUUUUUGUGCCCCCAUAGACUCUGAAUCAUGUUCAAUACAAUCCAAGCUCGACCACGAUUCAUGUCAGGAACCUCUUCAGGUUCCUCGACCACACCAAACAACUAAUCAUUUGCAUCAACAAAAUUUGUUGGAUAAACUCGAGGAGUUAGUCAGAAAUCUUAGUGAUAUAGUUGCGAGAUUAGAAUCAAAGCUACCUGACCCUCCAAAAGAAAAGGGUAGGUUUGCUCGAAUGAAGGGUGGUGAUGAUAUUGAUGAUGUAAGAUCAACUGGUAAGGAUUUUGAAGAAGGGGAAUUUGAGGGAAAAAUCCGAGACGGGGAGAGAGCUAAGGGAAUGUCUGUGACAAAGUUCACACCCUUUUGGUCAGAGAGGUUUCAAUUUACAAGUGCUGUGAAGUUGGAUUCUGAUGCCACGUGCAUAAAUGUUUUGCCUUUUAGGGACCACGAGGGGUUGAGUAAGUAUGUGGCGGUUAGUGAUGAGAGGGGAAGAGUGUAUGUGUUUUUGAGGAAUGGAGAUGUGUUGGUUGAGUUUGAUACCUCGUUGGAGUCCCCUGUUACGGCAAUGGUUUCGUAUACUUCGGUUUAUAAGAACGAGAGUUUUGUGGUAACUGGUCAUGAAAAUGGGGAAAUCUUGAUGCAUAGAGUUUGGGAGGGAGGGUCUAGUGGAGAGGAUUAUAGUUCUCUUUUCAUGGAGAAUGUUGGUAGGUUUGUGUUGCCUGAAAACCGUGAAGAUCGGUUGCCGGUGACACUCUUGGAAGUUCAUUAUGUAGGGAGGAUGAAGUACAUUCUGUCAGCUGAUACAAGUGGGAAGAUCAAGGUCUUUAAGGAGAACGGUUCGUUUUAUGGUUCUGCCACUCCAUCUAGUAGGCCUCUAGUUUUCUUGAAGCAAAGGCUCAUGUUCUUGACAGAAACUGGGGCAGGUUCAUUGGAUUUAAGGGGCAUGAAAGUCAGGGAAGCUGAAUGUGAAGGACUAAACCAUUCUGUUGCUAGAACUUAUGUCUUUGAUGCCAUGGAGCGUUCCAAAGCUUAUGGUUAUACCUCAGAUGGGGAUCUGAUUUAUGUCUUGUUGCAUGGAGAUGUGAUGAACUUCAAAUGCAGGGUUAGAUACAAGAAAAAGUUUGAUAUGGAUCAGCCUCUUGCUCUGCAGGCAAUUAAGGGGUAUUUGCUGAUUGCUAACCCGGAAAAGGUUUCUGUGUAUAAUGUUUCAUCUCCUCAUUAUGUGAGAGUUGGCGUGCCAAGAACUGUUUUCUCCUCGAGUCUUGAUGAGCUUAGAUCAUCAUUCUUGAAUCAUCCAAACCCAGGUUUGGAUGCAGAAACAAGAGUAAUACCCUUGAUAGCUAGUGACCGUGAAAAGCUUGUUAUUGUUGGGCUUGGAGGUGGUUAUGUUGGAAUGUAUCAUUCUAAUCUACCUAUCUUCAAAGGAGAAUUCAAUACCAUGCUAUGGACUAGCCCUGUGUUGUUCUUCAUACUUUUUCUUUUUGGGGCUUGGCACUUUUUUGCCAAGAAGAAGGAAGCACUUACAUCUUGGGGACCAGAUGAUCCUUUUAGCUCCACGUCAGCUACCACUGGUGCGCCGAUGGCAUCCGGUUCCGGAGACAGAUCUUUCGCAGACUCUUCUUCGAGAAGUUCGGAAGUUAUGGAUCUCAGAGGUGGAAAUCUCAGAGCUCCACCACCAAGAAGGUAUGGCUCUCCCUCAAGGUAUUCUGGUGGGGCAGCAAGUGCCUAUAGACUUGGUGGUAAUGCUGAUCACAAUGCUAGGCCGGCUUCGGUUGAUCCAGAUUUUCGUGCAACGGAGCUAAAGUAUAGGGCCUCCACCAUGGACCCUCCGGGUUUUCCUAAAAGAAGAGAUGGCAUGUUUGUAGCAAACCAAGUUGUAAAUGAUCGCAGUUGAGUGACAGUUAAUUGCAUGAACUUUUUUCUAACUAGUUUCAGAUUCCCUUAGCUUUUAAUCUUAUCAUAUGAUCAAUUAGCAUCACUUUGCUAUCUGGUUUCUGCAGUUUUUUAGCUUUCAAGUUGUUGCUCUAAAGAGAGAAAUAAAUGAUAAUGAGAAACUUUCAAGCUUUUCUUCUCA